UCAUUACCCGUCAUCCGAAAUUUAACUCCAUCAGACUUUUCAGCCAUCCAGUGUCAUUUUCGUGUAAAUCCCGAAAGCCCAGAAAUUAUUUCAGUCAUGGAACCACAGCAAAAACACGUAGUCACAUUCGAUGAUAAUGACCAAAUCUUCAUUACAAAUUCAGUUGACGAUCUCGACGACGAAGAUGAAAUUUCCAUAAGCGAAAAUGAAAAUCGAACUGCCAAUCUUUCGAAAACCUCCAGCGCUGUCAGAUGCGAAGGCGGAGAUAUGAACAGUGUGUCUUCCAUAAGCACGAGCAUAUUGGACGACGCUGAAGAAGUCAAAGCUUUGAAAGCGAAGCUAGCAGAAGCUGAUACAAGAUGCAAGCUUCUGGAAUACGAAGUUGAGAAAUCUAAUUGCUGCUUGAUCAAUGAAAGAAACCAAAAUUCGAAGCUGGAAAAGAAACUCCAGUUCGUUAAAGACAACCAAGACGUCUUCAUCAGACUCAAGGAAGCGUACAUAAACAUGAAGUACAAUGAGGCAGCUGGAAGGAAGAUGAUUGAAAUAAGAGAAAAAGGCUCCCAAACUUGGGAGGGGAUCUUAUGCAGGGGCUGUAUUGAGGCCGAAGAGUUGAGGAGAGAAUUGGAAAAUGUCAGAGAGACUUACAAAGAUUCUUGUAUCAUUGCGCCCUUUGAAUUAGAACAACUGGUCAACACUGUGAAGUACUUGAAAGAUUUGAUAGAACGCAGAGAAAAAUCUUGGGCAGAAAAAGUAGACAGGGAGAAUAAACUUCAGCCGCACUUGGAACACCUCGAAAAUGAAAACAGUGCUUUGAGAAACUUAAUCAAGAGUAGAAGUAACGAUGAAGGAUAUUAUGCUGAAACAGAUAAUUUUGUUAAAAAUGAUGAUUGCACAAUUCAAAUGAAGAAGAUAAUCAUCAAAUACGAGAAGAGAAUCAGAGAAAUAGAGAAGAAUAACAGUGGAAUAUUGAAACUCAAUCCAUCCUUCAAUGAAAAGGAGAAGAAGAUUAUAGGCCAAAUAAUGUCAAAGUACAAUGCAAAAUUGUAUUGUAAGAGCCGAAGUCAAUCAAGUGUUGGAAAAAGUAGACCUGGUAGUCGAGGGUCUUGUCUCAAAUCCAAGAAUGAAGAGACGACCAACCAAAAAUUGAAAGAUACUGAAAGAACUCCUGAUACUACACUAUUAAUGAUGGACUACUUGUUCGAAAACGAAUAUGUCAACUAA